ACAUACUGUAAUGACCAUGUUCUGUAGUGACUCUAUGGUUGCGCACCAGCGCACGAGGAUGGACUAAAUGAACGGGGAGAGAGGAAGAGGAAGUGCGAGAAGAUUGAGAUUGCAACGGUUCUUGUUUUUGGUGAUCUAUGUUGAUUAAACUUUGUAUUAUCUUUGUUCUCAUACCUCGUUGAGUUGCCUCCUUUAAAUGUUGUAACAUUGGUAUCAGAAGUGGGAUUAUAGGCGACCCAACGAACGGGAGGGAGGUAAGUUAGUAAUGGCUUCCCCUAUUAUGAAACAACUAGACCAACUCUUGAUUAAAGAACUAAAACAAGAGCUUCGGUAUCGAGGUCUAAAGCUUGGUGGUAGCAAGGAGACACUUACAGCUCGUCUCCGGAAGGCCCUGAUUGAGGAAGAAGAAGACCCGGACAGUUAUCAAUUCGAAGUAGGGCCAGAUAUAACUGAACUCCUAGGUAAGAUGCAGGAAAAAAUGGAUACACUUGAUAUAGGGAUUAGAACCAUGCAGGACAAAAUAGACACACUCGAUUCAGGGAUCAGGACUGAAUUGGUAUCGGUUAACCAGAAAAUAACCACGAUGGAGGUCACGAUGAACCAGAGAGUCGAUGUGGUAGAAAAAGACAUAGAAGAACUGAAAGUUCAAGUUAGAGAAGGGCUCAGCAAGGCGCCGGUGAGUAAUACAGGAUCAAUGUUACCCGAAGGGCUUGUAAAGAUGAAUACAGGAUGAAUGUUACCCGAAGGGCUUGUAAAGAUGAAACCCCCUGUGUUUGAUGGGUCCGUCUCCUGGUCAGUCUACAGAAGACAGUUUGAGGCAGCUGCUAAGGUCAACAAAUGGGGCAGCGAGGAGGAAAAAGCGACCGCUCUAGUACUGGCCCUUAGAGGAAAGGCUUCCGAAGUACUCCAAUCCAUUCCA